AUUCAGAAAGCAGAGAGAGAAAAAAAAAAAAAAUUUAAGUGGCGGUGAAGAAGAAAACAAUGGCGGAUUGGGGCCCAGUUUUCGUGGCUGUGGUUCUAUUCCUUCUUCUAUCCCCAGGUCUUCUCUUUCAAGUCCCUGGCCACCACCGAUUUGUUCAGUUCGGCAACUUCCAAACCAGCGGCGCCUCCAUUUUCAUCCAUUCCCUCAUCUUCUUUGCCCUAAUUUCCCUCUUCACCUUCGUCAUUCAACUUCACAUCUACAUCUGAUUCUCCCUAAUCGGAAUCAGAUUCUUCAUCCGUUUCCAAUUUCCAGCCUUGUACAUGGUGCCUUUUGUUUUCAGGGAUAUCGGUAAAGCAUAUUGUGUUUUUGUAAUGUCAUUUAAUUUUAGGUUUUGAAAUUGUUGAAAUUGUGGAUGAUGAUCAUCAUCAUCAUAUGGAAUUCAAACAAAUAUUAAUUGAAAUUUCUAAUUUUCAUUUUAGAGUUCA